AUGAAGAUUACUACCACUUCUCUCGUUGUUGCCGCCGGAUUGGCAACAUUUGUGAACGCAGACCUGCUUCAGAUCAACAACCCGACUGCAGGAACGGUCUGGACAGCAGGUGUGCCCAAUUUCGUGAGCUGGAGCGGUAACUGUGCUUCGAUGGGUGGAGCUGCUAAGAACGUGACCGUGAUCUUAAACACUGGCCCUUCGGAAGCGGUUCGAUAUGUGGCCACGCUUGGUAGCUUGGACUGUUCAGGAACGAUUACUCGUACGGAUUUAACGGUACCCUUGGAUAUUCCUUCAGGUUCUUACUCCAUCGUGGUCCGGACUGAUCCCCAGUUGAGCUACACGAACAUAUUCAAAAUUAAUAACCCUUCCAGUCCUGAAGAGGCAGAUCCUGGGGUUAAUGUCGCUAGUGCCGAUGCUACUGCUGCAGGUGACAGCACUCCUUCGCAUCCCGAAAAUUCGACAAAGAAUAUUGCUACAGGAGGCAAGACAAACGCUGGUGCUUUCAUGUUAAUGAGCUUGAGCGCACUUGCUACUGCAACUUGUCAUUUUUUGAUGUAG